GCUUUGGCCAAUUUCGAGGAUUAUGGUGCCUUCAUCUUGAUAAAUGGUGUCUACGAUCUCAUUUGACAUGCAAUCAAAACCAUUCGAGUAAUUUUUGCUCGAGGAUCAAUACAAAAUUACAAUCAAAACUAGAAGUGUGAAAAAUAAAAUUUGAAAAAAUAAAUAAAUCGUAUUCUUAUGGAGCCUUGAUAUUCAUAAACGGGGCCUGCAAUCUCAUUUUGAUACUUAUUUGUUUAUUUACGAUUCCCACUGUCCCAUUCCCAGGGACUGAGGGAGUAUUAUUAUUUCUGGUAUGUUUUACAAACACCAAAAAAAAAAUAAAAAAAAAAAAGAAGAAGAAGGGGUCAACAAACAAGUCAACGCUACAACGCCAAGUAACCAGCAAAUCAUCAGAAUCCAAUAGCCUUUCUAGAGGAAUUUGUUGGAGUCGAUGCAAGUUCUCUCUAUCAACCAUGUCUAAAGUGGAAAAUUAUAUGGAUUCAAAAGAGGGAGAGUCUCAAAGUAGUGAGCAGCAAACCACGGAAAUAAAGACGGAAUUUGUCGAAUCAACGAUCCAUCACCAACACUUCUCCUUGGAUCCAGCCUUAUUAUCACCAUCUGGCUCUCAAACCAUCACUUCCAAUGCACUCUCCAUCAAAGAAGCCACGGUGCGUGACAUCCAACUCGCUUUCAAGCUCAACCAACUCACCUCCAGGCAACUCGUUGAGUUCUACCUCGGUGAGAUUCACCGACUCAACCCGGUUCUCAAAGGAGUCAUAGAGGUGAACCCUGACGCGCUACCCGAAGCGGAUGCGGCUGACCAAGAGCGGAAGGCUAACGCACCUAGGUCACUGUUUGGGUUGCAUGGCAUUCCUAUCCUUCUCAAGGAUAAUAUUGCAACCCAGGAUAAGCUUAACACCACUGCCGGAUCGUUGGCUUUGCUAAAAUCGGUGGUCCCUCGGGACGCCGGCGUGGUCACGAAGCUAAGGAAAGCAGGGGCUAUCAUACUGGGGAAGGCAAGCUUGAGCGAAUGGGCUAAUUUUAGGUCAUUUGGUGCUUAUAAUGGUUGGAGUGCCAGAGGCGGACAAGGAAAGAAUCCUUAUGUUCUGUCAGCAGAUCCAUAUGGCUCGAGCAGCGGAUCAGCAAUAUCAGUAGCAGCAAAUAUGGCGGCCGUGUCCCUGGGAACCGAGACUGAUGGGUCGAUCAUAUGUCCGGCUAGUGCCAAUGCAGUAGUGGGCAUCAAACCCACCGUUGGUCUAACAAGCCGGGCUGGGGUCAUCCCAAUCUCUCCAAGACAGGACACCAUAGGGCCCAUAUGUAGGACGGUAUCAGAUGCUGUUUAUGUCCUUGAUGCCAUUGUAGGCUACGACUCCAACGACACUGCAACAAGAGAAGCAUCAAAAUUUAUCCCGUCUGGCGGCUAUAUGCAAUUUCUCAAGACUGAUGGACUCGAAGGGAAGAGAUUGGGUAUAGUAAGGAAUCCCUUUUUCAUUUUUGACAACGGAUCAGUCCUGCCUCAAGUUUUCGAGCACCAUUUACACACGCUGAGGGAAAGAGGUGCUAUUUUGGUAGACCAUUUAGAAAUAGCCAACAUUGAUGUGAUCUUGAACUCCAGACGUAGUGGGGAAAACACAGCAUUGGUAGCUGAAUUCAAAAUAGCCUUGAAUGCUUACCUAGAAGACUUGGUGGCAUCGCCAGUGCGAUCCUUGGCAGAUGAAAGGAUAAAAAAAUUUGGACAAGGAUACUUUCUAGCAGCUGAAGCCACAAACGGGAUUGGCGAUGCCGAAAAUGCAGCUUUGCUGAAUUUGAAGGGACUAACAGAAGGUGGAUUCGAGAAAGUGAUGAGAGAGAACAAGCUGGACGCAUUGGUGACUCCCUGUGCAAAAGUUGCUUCAGUUCUUGCAAUAGGAGGAUUUCCAGGAAUUAGUGUUCCUGCUGCAUAUGACAACGAUGGGGUGCCAGUGGGCAUCUGUUUUGGAGGAUUGAAGGGUUCGGAGCCUCAACUAAUUGAGAUUGCAUAUAGUUUUGAGCAAGCUACUAAGAUCAGAAAGCCUCCUUCAUUUCAACCUUGAAAUUUCAAAACCUGUACUUGUACGGUUGUACCAUCAAUGAUCUGUUGGUUGUAAACAAUUACUGAGACAUUUUAAAACCUUUACUUGUGUGACAUUUUAUUGUGAACAUGUGUCUUACACUUUAUAAUUUUAAAAUAAAUUUAAUUAUUUUA